UACUCUUACUCAAAAAGAGUAUCUGGCGAGAGGGCAGAGGGUCUUUUCAUUUUUUUGGCAAGUAGAGAGAGAAAGAUCAGUCAUUGUAGAGAGAAACUUUUCAUCCAAGUUCCAACAGGAAGUGUAGAGAGAGAAACGGAGUAAGUCAUUCUUCAUAGAGAGAAUAUUAUAUAUAUACAUAUAUAUAUAUAUGGAUAUAGAGAUGGGGUCAUCAAUCUUGAUCCUCAUCAGCUAUAAAACGAGGGUCUCUUGUUAGUUCCUACUACUCUCUUUCGCCCACAGUUUGGACCCAAGAAAGUUACAGAAUCAAUCAAUCAAUCCAGUUUCUUUAUUCAUGUCUUCUUCGUCAGAUUCAAAUCCUCCACCACCACCACCAGAUUCAAAUCAUCCAUCAGCACCACCACCACCAGGAAUGAAUACGAAGAAACCAGUCUCACCUCCACCACCACCACCACCAUCGAAGCCCAACUGGGUCCUUCCCAACAGGACCCAGAGCCUCCAACAGCUCUACACAAUCGGCAGGAAGCUCGGGCAAGGCCAGUUUGGCACUACCCAUCUCUCCACUGACAAGUCCACAGGGACUCACUAUGCCUGUAAAUCGAUACCCAAGAAGAAACUCCUCUGCAAAGAGGACUACGAGGACGUUUAUAGGGAGAUUCAGAUAAUGCACCACUUGUCCGAACACCCAAAUGUGGUCCGAAUCAAAGGCACAUACGAAGACCCCCUGUAUGUGCACAUAGUGAUGGAGCUGUGUGCCGGUGGAGAGCUGUUCGAUAGGAUCGUACAGAAGGGGCAUUACAGUGAGAGAGAGGCAGCUAAGCUCAUCAAGACCAUUGUUGGGGUUGUGGAGAAUUGCCAUUCGUUGGGGGUCAUUCAUAGAGACCUCAAGCCUGAGAACUUUUUGUUCACCAGUACUGAUGAGAAUGCUGCCCUUAAGGCCACCGAUUUUGGUCUCUCUGUUUACUAUAAACCAGGAGAAUCAUUUUCUGAUGUAGUUGGGAGUCCAUACUACGUUGCACCAGAGGUGUUACGCAAGCAUUACGGUCCUGAAUCAGAUGUAUGGAGUGCAGGAGUUAUUUUGUACAUCUUACUAAGUGGAGUUCCACCUUUCUGGGCAGAAACUGAAAUGGGGAUCUUCCGACAGAUAUUGCAAGCAAAAUUAGAUUUUGAAUCUGAACCAUGGCCUGGCAUUUCAGAUAGUGCCAAGGAUCUCAUUCGGAAAAUGCUUGAUAGGAAUCCAAAGACAAGGCUAUCUGCCCAUGAUGUUAUGUGCCACCCUUGGAUUGAUGAUGACAAAAUGGCCCCCGAUAAACCUCUUGAUUCUGCAGUAUUGUCACGCCUGAAGCAGUUCUCUGCAAUGAACAAACUUAAGAAGAUGGCUUUGCGUAUGGAUAGCUGUGACAUCCUGGCUGCUUAUACCUACAAGGAAUUCGAGUUAUUUUGCUUUAUGGUCAUAGCUGAGAGGCUUUCAGAAGAAGAAAUUGGCGGUCUGAAGGAAUUGUUCAAAAUGAUAGACACAGACGAUAGUGGAACAAUAACAUUUGAUGAACUGAAAGAUGGCUUAAGACGUGUAGGUUCUGACCUCAUGGAGUCCGAGAUCAAGGAUCUCAUGGAUGCGGCAGACAUUGACAACAGUGGAACAAUAGACUAUGGUGAAUUUCUUGCUGCUACUGUGCACUUGAACAAGUUGGAGAGAGAGGAGAAUUUGGUGUCAGCUUUCUCCUUUUUUGACAAAGAUGGUAGUGGUUACAUAACCAUUGAUGAGCUUCAACAAGCCUGCAAAGAAUUUGGUUUAAGUGAAGUUCACCUUGAUGAGAUGAUCAAAGAUGUUGAUCAAGAUAAUGAUGGACAAAUAGAUUAUGGGGAAUUUGCUGCAAUGAUGAGGAAGGGCAAUGGAGGAAUUGGGAGGAGAACGAUGAGAAGCAAUUUAAACUUGGGAGAAGCUCUAGGGAUAACAGAAACAAAAGAGAACGUCUAACUGACUAAUCGAUAUCCAAAUCUAAAUGUUCUUUUUGAAAUGAUCAUGUUUCAAAAGAAUUGAAUGGUCAAAUCUUAUAAUUUUCUGUUAGUAGCAGCAGUUUGUUUCUGAAAUUAUUAGAUGGCCACCUCUCCUGUAUUUGGAAGGCUUUUGUUUGGGGUGGAUAGGUUGUGUGUGUAGCUGGAUAAUUGAUUAGAUUUGGCUUCAUGGAGCAGUCUGUUAAAUCAGGAUUCAUCUUCCUAGUUUUUGUUUCAUGUACAAUUUGUUUGGGACACAAUUUUUCUACAA